AUGGCAGGCGAUGGCAUUCUACCAGUUGACUCUGUCACCGAUGGUCUUUUGAUGGGAUCCACCAGAGGGAAGCAUGACACUAAUCCAGCGGACUAUGGAUUGUUCCGAAGGCCUAACGCCUGGGCUUUUCGGGCCCUCAUAAUUAGCAGCAACCAACGAACCGGCGAACCGUCCCUCCCUUCUCCUCUCCGCCCUUUCUGUUUCCCCUCCCUUCUCUGCUCUCACAGAAGUCAUCAAUUCCGCAGUGAUCCUGUAAAUUUUACACUGCUCGUAAUUCCACAGUCAACUCAAAGGCUCUUGUUCUGCUGCUGUAAUAACAUUCGGCCCCCAACCAUACCUACCAUCAUGACCGAAGUCGCUACUACUGUUCCGAGCGCUGUCCCAGAAUCGGAGAAGCCGUCUACUCCAACAGUCACCCAGGUGGCUCCUACGCCCACCGCAUUAUCACCCGCAUCAGUAAAGCCCAACCCUGAGAUACUCGCACAAGAGCAACAGACCGGAAAAAAGCUCGGUUUGUUCACCGAGGCUCUUCCCGAAGCGAAGCCUGAGCCUGAGAAUCCCCUGGAGCAAGAUCAGCAGGAGAAAUAUGCAGAAAUCCUCGCUUGGGCACAAGCUCUCGGGCCAAUUCCCGUAUCGUCUGACAGGGCGGCCGCUGCCAGGGAGAUUGAUGAUGAAGAGAAGAUGUGGUUAACCAGGGAGUGCUUCUUGCGCUAUCUGCGCGCGACCAAAUGGAAUGUCGCUGAUGUGAAGAAGCGUUUGGAAGCUACUCUUGUCUGGAGACGGGAGUACGGGGUUCUCGAUCACACACCGGAGUACAUUGAGGCUGAGAACCAGACUGGCAAGCAGUACUUUCUUGGGUUUGAUAAGAAUGGACGCCCUUGUCUUUACCUUAAUCCCGCUAAGCAGAAUACUGAGAAGAGUCCGAAGCAAAUUCAGCAUUUGGUAUUCAUGCUAGAGAGAGCAGUAGAUCUAAUGGGGCCUGGACAGGGGACUCUGGCAUUGCUAGUGGAUUUUGCAGCAUCCACUACUAGUAGUAAUCCGAAUAUUGCCCAAAGCCGGUUGACAUUAAAUAUCCUUCAAGGGCACUAUCCCGAGAGGCUAGGGAGAGCGUUAGUUACCAAUCUUCCAUGGUUUGUUCAUGGUUUCUUUAAGAUCAUCAAUCCGUUUAUGGACCCUUUAACUCGAGCCAAGCUUAAGUUCAAUGAAGACAUGACUCUACAUGUUCCCCCCAGUCAACUUGACAAGAAGUUCGGCGGAGAGUGCGACUUUGAGUACGACCAUUCAAUCUGGUGGCCCGAGUUCAUUCGCAUCACCAAGGAGCGCAGAGCACUCUAUACUGCUCGGUGGAAGGAGCUGGGAUCCAAGAUCGGUGCAAGCGAGUUGGAACUCAAGGGCGGGAAUAUUCGGGAUCCAGUCGCGGAGGCUUCAGCAGCGGUGGAGAAGCUGGAGGUGAAUUAGACACCAAGUUUGCUUGGUUAUGGAGCUGGAUAUGACAGCCUCUUCUUAUUCCUUAGUAAUUUGCCGGUAGUUUGUUCUUCCCUUCCAUAUCUAUAUUUGUCAUCAUUUCUUUGGGACGCGACUGGGUCGAAUGCCAUAAAUUAUAAAUUAUAUUUCAUCUUUUCGGGGGCCCGAUGGAUACUAUACUGUUGCAUGAUUGAUUGAUAAAAGGUGUUUGUUUAGCAUGUAUUUAUAUGAAUUUGUGUAACUUCACCGCGUUUCUCAAUGGUUCACUGUUGCUUUACGGGAAGUUUGUUAGUUAGGAUAUCAUACCAUGAUAAUGGAAAUCUCUUCACCA